UUCAAGAUGGCGCAAGCCAUUUUGACGUUCUAAGCAAUAAUAUAAAACAUUUUUAAUAAUUAUUUUAAUAUUUUUGUUUAUUUUGUUGUAAAAAUUAGUGUAAUUCAUCAAAUAAAGUGCCUUUCUCAAUAGGAUAAUAGUGAAGGUUCCAUAGAAACAAAUUUUGUGCAAUAAUUUAAGAAAAAGGAUUACACCUCAUCAAGAACUAGGAGUUUUUUUAUUUUUCAUUAUAUGGAAAAUAGGCUAAAUUGGUACAUAUAUUGAUUUAUAUAAAGAACUAGAAGGGCAACAAACAAGCAAAAAUAGAAAGAUAAUAAAUACCAACCAACAAUUGCACAGAGAUAGAUAAAGUCACUUGGAAUCUUUAACAGAAGAAUUAGGCACAGUAUAUUAGAAGGUGUUACUAAAAUUUUAAACUAAUUAUGGAGGCUAUGCAGUAUGAAUUAGCACGGAAUAUGACGCUCCUGUUCUUUUUUGAGCGCCUGUUAGAUAAAGGGGAACCGAGAACUUUGCACGAUUUAAGUUGUCAAUUUGGAUCAAAAGGGUUUACGAAAGAAAUGAGGCAAAUAGCUGGUGGAUCCCAAAGUGGCCUUAAAAAGUUUUUGACACAGUAUCCCUCGUUAUUUUCGCUGGAAGGGGAGUAUGUUACUAUUAAUACGUUUAUAAACAGUGCUAGUAAAAGUAAUGCAGCUGGGAAGGAUUAUAAUACUCAAGCGGUUGAAUACUUUUCUGAAAAACUUCUUCAAUAUGGUGAAGGUACUGAGGUACCAAUUAGAAGUUUAUUGGGACAUAGGUCGCAAGCUUCUCCCGAGGUAAGACAUGUUUCUGGCCAACAUUUUCACGAGUUCAGAGACUUUUUAUUUAAAUAUCCGGAGACUUUCACCAUUGACGAUGAAAAAGAAACAGUAAUUUUAGCCAACUACACUCAGGUUAGGUCUCACUGCCCCAAUAUGGAACUUCAUUUUCAGCCGGAUGUCAAAAUAGACCCUCAGGACACUCAAACGCUUUUGGAUUUUUUAGCUCAAUGUAUUGAAGUUAAGGGCCCCAUUUUAGUCGAACAGCUGUUCCAAAUUGUCAGUUGUAAUCUUCCUGAAAGCAUAUGGUCCAAUUUGUUUAAUACACCUAUACAGUUGUCUAGCUUUCUAAGACUGUUCUCUGACAGUUUUCAUAUACAAUCGAAUCUAGUUACUUUAUUGCAAACUCCAAAAAUCAGUCAGAAACAUAUAACUGCUCAGAUGGAUUUAAUAAAGGAACACACAAUUAAAGACCAGCAAGUUAACAGUGAAGAGGUAAAAAAUGCCAGAAAUAUCAUAAAAGUGGAGCCACAAGAAAAAAAUUCUAUAGAAAAAAUAACUAGUCAAAAUUGUCAAGAGAAUAUUUCUCCAACGUCGCCAAUACCUCCACCACAAAACGCUCCAUCUAGUCCAAGAUCCAUAAGCGAUAGACUUAGGCAACCGAAAUUGCAGCAAAAACAAAUGGAAGCCAAGCAACAGAAGUCUUUGAGCCCCGAACCAGCGAUAGCACCGGAUAAAAAUGGCGUCGAUUUCAGGCUAGGUAAAACGUCUAAGGCUGUGGAUCCCCAAAUUCAAGAUCUUCCAGUGUCUCAAGAAACAGAAUCUACAAAAUUGCCGCCAACGAAACCCACAAACAACAACCAAACAUUGAAGCAAAGAAUUAACAGUUUGGUGUUAAAAACCUUACAAGAAAAUACAGGGAGGGAUAGACAAACAAUGCUAAAUCAACAGCAACCUUACAGCGACGCCUGGAAAGUUAAGCUGUUCCAUAACACUAGAGUUAUAUGUAACAUAAGAGAAUGUCAAAUGGUUAUAGAUGAAAUUAUGUCUCGCAACACAAAUAAUAAGGAUCAAAAAAACUCUUCUGCAAAUAAUGAAGAUAAAUCUUGGCCAUUCAGAGAAAACAAAGUCGUUGUAGGCUUCGACUGUGAAGGUAUCAAUUUGGGAGUUAAAGGCCAAUUGACGCUUGCUCAAAUAGCUACAAUGACUGGUUUUGCCUACGUCUUUGACCUGAUUUCAUGCCCCGAAAUGAUUCAAGCUGGUUUAAAAAGGAUUCUGGAAAGUACAGAUGUCAUUAAGGUGGUGCACGACUGCAGGAACGACUCAGUGAAUCUCUUUCGUCAAUUUAACAUUACUUUGAAUUGUGUUUUCGAUACUCAAGCUGCGCAUGCUGUUCUAACCUAUCAAGAAUCCGGUAGACCCGUUUACAAGGCCAAAAGCGUGGCUUUAAACGCCCUCUGUGAAAUUUACGGGGCAUCUGUGAAUCCCAUGAAGGACCAGCUAAAAAAUAUCUAUAGACGCGAUCAAAAGUAUUGGUCAAGGAGGCCAUUGACUCGAGAAAUGAUUUUGUACGCUUCCGCUGACGUUUUGAGCUUGAUUAACGACAAGAUAUAUUAUCCUAUGGUUAGUGCUAUUAAGGAGGAGAAUAGGAAAUUGAUGGUAGAGCUCUGUGAUGAACAGAUAUUUCUACAUAUAAAUCCAGACGAUGUGAAGCUAAAGAAAAGACAAAGAAAAACUGAGACAGAGGUUAAAGAAUUAAGGCUUAAAUUGUCUCAACCCACCAAAAGUGUCGUUUUGAGUAACAGGGAAGUUAGAUUGUUGAGAUACAUUGAACUAACAGAGGAAGAAAAAGAAAAGCUGAAAUCUUCGGCUAAAGUUGCUAAAAAAUUGGAGAAGUUGGAAAGUUUGGGACAAGAGAGAGAUAAUGACAGUUCAGAUGAAGACGGAGACAAUGAUGAUUAUCCGAGUUUUGACAGCGAUAUGACAUCUCCUCGAAAUUCUGAACCGACUAGUUUGACUGAAUCAAUGCAGCUAGUUGAUUCGAUUUUAAAUGACAAUAAGAUUGACAGAUUGGAUAAGAUUGACAAGCUGGAAUCAAUCCUUAGUUCAGCAGCGUUACUGCCAUCUGACGGUGAUAUUGUGAAAUGUUCCUGCAACUGUCACACAAGCAAAAUAAACGGAAUGAAGCCAGAAAGGGUGCUAUCUCCGACGAACGAAUAUGUAACGAGUGUUGGCCAGAACGAGGCCAUCUUUGCGAAGGAAAACCAUUCGAACAUUAGUACUCAAACGUUGAGUACCGGCGAUAUUGUUGUUACGAAGAUAUUUUUCAAGAACCAACAGACUGAUGUAUAAGUGACAUUUGACACUGAAAGUAUC